UUACCACAAACAGCGUCUUAAGAUGGCGACUCUCUUACCAGAGGUCCUGUUGGAGACCACCGCACAAGCACCUGCCCCCAACAAAGACUUUUAUCAGCUUCUUCUGACGCGAAACGAGGUUAUCUUGAGGUGGUGGAAAAUAUCUCUGAGAAGUGAAUUCCGUAACACUAAACCCGGAGAACUUAAAGAGUCGCACGUUGACUUUGUAGAUGAUACAACAUUGCAAGCUCAGAUAGGCAUAGUCUUUGGACAGAAUACACUGAAUUACGUGCUCAAGCUGUGCCAGGGAUACUAUGAUUUCCUCGAUCGCCUCCCUGACUCGUUGCUUCUGUAUAUCCUGACUUUCCUGGACCUAGAAGACAUUGCUCAACUCGCACAGGUUUCACACUCAUUCCAGAAGAUCUGUAACUCGGACAAGCUGUGGGAGCACAUUGUGGAGCGAUCCUGUGACCGGGUUACUGUGGACAUGAGAGCUCUAGCUCAGGAUAUAGGCUGGAAACAGCUGUUCUUCACCAACAAGCUGCAACUGCAAUUACAGCUCAGGCGAUGGAAGCGGAGGCAAGAAGAGAGCCGGGAUGUUUGCUAGGGUUAAAAAGGUCAGCUGCUGCUGGAGGAACCUAUAGAGAAAUCUAAUAACCUGCUUCAGCUGCCUCUGACAACUAAUGGGGAAUACCACAAUGCAGCAAACCUGCAUUUACUACUACUUAUAGCGCUGUCUUACCAAAUACAGAAACACACAGACGCUGAAUGUGCCAGACCGUUUUAGCUUGCUGCUUAACAUAGC